AUGGAGGCGGCGGGGCCGCAGGCAGGAGCGGGCCCCGCGGGGGAGCCGCAGGCGGGAGCCGAGGAGAUUGACAUGUCCCUGGAUGACAUCAUAAAACGCCACAGGAGUGAGCAGCCAGAUGCCAGCAGCACAGGAGAUGGGCAGAGGCAGCUGGUGAAGAACAGGAACCUGGCGUACGGGUACGGGCGGCCGCGGUUCCGCGCCUGGACGCAGAGGAACCUGCAAGGACCUAAAGGUUUCAGAAGAGGCUUUGGACAGCAGCAGUUCAGUCGGAGGCAGUUCAGGAAUACGAUGCCCAGGCCCAGGAGAAAAGCUGCAGCUGCCUUCAGUGGAGUGAGCCCUUUGAAUCGCCAGGACAAGAACAACGAUGCCUUUGCCAAGAGCAGCAGCAGUGGGCAGCCAGAGGGAUGGCGACGGCCACCCCCAGGCCCCAAGAGAUUCAGUGCAGCUGCUGCCAUCACCCAGGCCUCGGGGAGAAGGGGACCAGGCUUCCAGCAGAAGCGGAUGCAGCAGCGGUUCAACAAAGCCAACUUUCAGAGAGGGUCUAUUUCCCAGCAGAUGGAUGCUAAUGGUCAAGCAAAACCAGUGAGGCUGAGAAGGUGGAAGGUGAAGCCCAGCCCUGCGGCGGUCCUGACGGUUUCCGUGGCUAAUCCCCAGGCAGGCCAGAGCGGAGCGCCUGGGUACCAGCGCCCAUUCCUGCGAAGCCAGAGGGCCCCUCCACGGCUGGCCAAGCCCCAGCCCAAGGGGGUGCUGCUGAGGUUCAACUUCCGUGCCAUGGCCAACCAGACCAGCCUGACGCUGGAUGAGAGGUUCUCUGGGCUGAGGAACCGGCGGCGCUUCCCGGCGGCCUGCAGCUCCGGCCGGACGGUCACCAUGGCCUAG